CCAGACUGAACUCGACGACGACGGCGACCACAACGACUGAUACCCGACCAUGCCUUCUCCUUCGCCUAUAGCCUAUAACGCAGGUCCGCCUAGCCCAUCCAUGUUCAAGAAGAAACGGUCGUCAUCCUCCCUUUCCCCCAUGUCGUCUGCUGCCUCUUACCUCGCCGCCGUCUCCCAAGCAGAUGCACGCGCCAGAUCCCAGAAUGCUUCACCCACCUCGACGCCCGCCCUUUCGCUCUCGUCGACCGUCACGGGCUCCUCGGAGGACACUGUUCUCAAAGAGUACGACAGUGAAGCGGACAACGGGCCUCUUAAUUUGCCUCGCGUACCUCCUAACUCCGAGCAGGUCUUCUCCACCGUGCACUCUGAAUUCGGCCACUGCGCGAACGAACAGUACAGGUAUACGUCUGCUCAUAGACAAGGUACCGAGGUUGGACUGCCAAUCGAGAAGGAACCGCCAUAUUACAUCGUCCUCACCACGUACUGUGGCUACCUGAUUCUCAUUUGCUUGGGACAUCUUCGCGACUUUUUCGGCAAACGAUUCUAUGCUUCUUACUACACACAUUUGACCCCUCAUGAUGGAUAUGCGCCGUUAAACUCGGAUUUCGACUCUUUCUAUACCCGUCGGCUGAAAGCUCGCAUGGACGACUGUUUCUCAGCACCGACCACGGGUGUGCCUGGACGCACAGUUGCUCUUUUGGACCGCGUAUCAGACGACUACAACCUAACGUUCAAAUACACCGGCGGUCGCACGCGUGGACUCAACAUCUCAUCGUACAAUUAUCUCGGGUUUGCACAAGCACGCGGCGGAUGCGCUGAUGCUGUCGAGGAUGGUAUGCGUCGCUACGGCGUUGCUGUUGGUGGAGCUCGUCGGGAAGGUGGUACCUCCGAACUUCACGUCCAGGCCGAGGCUCUUGUCGCUCGCUUCGUCGGACAAGACGAUGCUCUCAUCAGCUCGAUGGGUUUUGCGACGAAUUCGACGAUCAUCCCGGCCUUGGUAUCGAAAGGCUGCCUCGUCAUCUCCGACGAGCUGAACCACGCGUCCAUCCGCUUCGGUGUCCGGUUGAGCGGCGCCAACGUUCGCAUGUUCAAGCACAACAAUAUGAAGAACUUGGAGAAGCUUCUGAGGGAGGUCAUCAGCCAAGGCCAACCGAAGACACAUCGUCCGUGGAAGAAGAUCUUGAUCAUCGUGGAGGGUCUCUACAGCAUGGAGGGCACUCUCGUUAACUUACCGGCUCUGAUAGAGUUGAAGAAGCGAUACAAGUUCUACCUAUUCGUCGAUGAAGCUCACUCCAUCGGUGCGCUUGGUCCACACGGGCGUGGUGUUGCCGACUACUUCAAUAUCCCUUCGCGGUCGAUCGACAUUCACAUGGGCACUUUCACGAAGUCAUUCGGCGCUGCAGGUGGCUACAUCGCAGGCAGCAAGCAAUUGAUUGAUCGUCUGCGUCUUCGCGGUCACGGCGGAACGUAUGCCGAGUCCAUAUCCCCCCCUGUGCUCAUCCAAAUAAUGGCUAGUAUGGCCAGCAUUAUGGGCGUUUCCGCCGCUGUUGUGUCGAAGCAUAGCACCAACCUUUCUGGCUCCUCGAUCUCUACUGUCCAACAAGCGCUCGAGCAGCACCCGGGCCCCGCCCCUGCUUCAGCUCUUCCGGCCUGGAUGGAUCUCCCACCCGCUCUUCGCGAUGGCUCCGAGGGCCGCAGCCGCCUUCGUCGUCUCGCUUUCAACUCACGCUAUCUUUCCCGCGGAUUGACCAAGCUAGGCUUCAUCACCUACGGUGUCAACGAUUCGCCCAUCGUCCCUCUCCUACUGUUCAACACCGGAAAGAUGUGCGUCUUCCAUCGUGCCAUGCGCUCACGCAAGAUCCCGAUCGUCGUCGUGGUCGUCGCCUACCCUGCCACGCCGCUCGUGACGUGCAGAGUCCGCUUCUGCGUCUCCGCGGCACAUACGAAGGAGGACAUUGACGUCGUACUGGAGGCUUGCGACGAGCUCGGCGAUAAGAUGGACUUGAAGCAUCUUUCAGGCGAGCGAUGGUCGUUACAGAAGAUCAAGGACAAUGCCGCAGAGUUGGUCAACAUGGUGGAGAUCGAGUGAGGCUAGAGCGGCUGCUGGACGAUUUGAAGAUGAUGACUUUUGAUUACGGGUUGAUCUCGCUGUUGUGUGACGCUUGCACCAGACGUACAUACAGGCUACUUUCACCUCUUAAGUACAUUACUACCAUUAUUCUUCGUUUGUUUUAUAUUUUAUCCUUAAUUCGUUAGAGUCCUAGGACCGUACUUUUUCUCCCGUGUUGUGAUACCUUAUUGUAUCUCCUGGGCCUGUGGCUGCCAAAAUCAUACGCCAGGCCAGGUGCUUAUCGCUCGAUGUAGCAAUCGCUACUGCCUAACUGCGUCACCAACGC